AUGGAACAAGCAAUAAAUGACGGAAUGCGUUUCAGGCGGCCGAUCUCGCAAAAAUGGCUGCUGGGACUACUGCAUAGGCGGUCCCUAGAUGAGUCAAGAUAUCGUAACCGGAACGAAUUUCUGGGCACACUACAUGAGACUGUUGACAGGAUUAUGCGCAUGCGCGGAGAAGAUGAAAAGAACAACAACUCACGGCGCGCCUACGUGUCUUCCUUGUGUUUGUUCUUCGCCGUUGGGGGAUGUUUUUCAAUGUACCUCAUUGAAGAACUUAUGGAAGAAAAACCAUACCAAACGAACGAUGCCGACAUAACCAGGAGUUCUCUAGCAGCAGCAGCCUGGUUAGGUGAUGCUCGACUCGUUGAAGCACUUGUCAGCGAAGUAGACGAUAUCGAUGACUCCAGCCUGUACUUCGAUUCUCCAAUCUGGGCUGCAGCCAGACAAGGUCAUGCACGCAUUGUCCGACUACUUAUAGGCAAAGGCGCCUGCUUCAAUCCUACUGGCGGGGUAGUCCCGCCUAUUCAAGCGGCAUGUGAGGGAGGCCAUACGGAAGUUGUUCGCCUACUUAUUAAUUUGGAUCCAACGACUGUUCCAAACUCUCAACGUCAUCUUCGUGAAGCGGCUUCUGGGAACCACAUGGAAUUGCUUAGGUUCUUGUUAGACCACUUUGACUACCCCGACUGGAUUAAAAACUUGGCUCUAAGUGGCGCUUGCUUCUACGGCAAUGAGGAAGCUGCUCGUUUUCUGCUGAACAGAGGCGCGGACCCAAACACAAGAGACAUAGAAAAUCGGGACCGACAUACCCUCGCCAUCGCUUCCCAGCGAGGACAUAUCGCUAUCGUACGACUUUUGCUGUCAAGAGGCGUCGAUGCCAACUAUUACAACAACUGGUCUUAUAAUCCGGACGCUAUUGUGUGGGCUGCCAGCCGGGGGUAUACGCGCAUUAUUGAAGUUCUUCUUGACGCCGGCGCAAAUGUCAACGGAGCGAAAAGCACACUCGCAGCUGCGGCGGAGAGGGGCCAUGUCGGUGCAGCUAAACUUCUCUUGGACCGUGGCUUUGAUGUAAACCGCCCCGGCGUUGUCGGAGACCGUAAGGGUGGCGCUGGCAGAACAGCUGUAUCACAGGCUUGUCAGUAUGGCCACACAUCUAUGGUGCGGUUGCUUGUGGAGUACGGCUGUGAUAUCUACUACCCUGGGCACAUGAUCAGGGCGAAAGAGUACGGCCAUAAGGACGUGAUUGCAACUCUACUUGGGCUUGGUGCGCCGAAGCCAGAGGGGUUCGAAGAGGUCGAAGUCCGCAAAGACGUUACCUACCAAACUCACGCGCCGUGGUCUGUACCGUGCGAAAUCCACCUCAUCAGCCCCGAUGGCACGAUCGCCAAGACCAUAUCGGAACGCGACGACGUCGCCUACAAGAUGGAAUUUGUUCUUCACACCUCACCCUUCUUCACCUACAUCGAGCUUAAGCUUCUCAUGCGGCUGAAGCCGACCGGCAAGGGUAACAGCACGUUGGCAGAAGUUGAUUGA